ACUCGCAUCGCAGUACUCGACCACCCGCAGACAUGGCAUUCAAGCUGAUCGUCCUCGCCGCCUUCGUGGCUGUGGCCCGCGCCGGCUACCUGGGAGCCCCCGCCGUCGUCGCCCCCGGCCCUGCCCUCGCCGCCCGCGCCUACGCCGCCCCCGCGUACGCUGCCCCCGCGUACGCUGCCCGCGCCUACGCCGCCCCCGUGGCCUACGCCGCCCCUGCCCUGCGUGCCGCUCCCCUGGCUGUCGCCCCCGCCGUUAGGGCCGCCCCCGUAGCCGUCGCCGCCCCCGCCGCCGUGGCUGCCGAGUACGACCCCCACCCCCAGUACAGCUACUCUUACGACGUGCAGGACGCUCUGACCGGCGACUCCAAGACCCAGCACGAGAGCCGCGACGGUGACGUCGUCCAGGGCAGCUACAGCCUGGUCGAGCCCGACGGUUCCAUCCGCACCGUCGACUACACCGCCGACCCCGUCAACGGCUUCAACGCCGUCGUGCACAAGGAGGCCGGCGCCCACCCCGCCCCCGUCGUCGCCAAGGUGGCCGCCCCCGUCGCCUACGCCGCCCCCGCCAUCGCUAAGGUGGCCGCCCCCGUCGCAUACGCCGCCCCUGCCUACGGAAAAGCCAUCCUGGGUUAAAUGAAGACUUCGACCGCCAUCUCUGCGCACCUUCCAACUUCACCCCCCCCCCCCCCUUCCUUUCCCUUAUCCUCUCCCUCUAUUUAUUUGUACUUCCCUGCACGCAUUAUAUUAAUGCACACAAAUAGAUUUUUGUGCUAAAUAUA